CAAACCCUAAAUCAAACAAGAGAGAAAAAAGCAAAGCCAACCCUCCACAAAAGAGCGCCUCUCUGUGCUCUCCUAGAUAUGAGAGUUUCCCUUACUCCCCCACAAGAUAACAACCAUUUCACCACUGCGAAACCGAUCGGAAACGCCGACAACAUCGCACGAAACAGCUUCCACGAGCCAACUUCGGUUCUUGAUCUUCGCCGGAGUGCUAGCCCUGUUUGUGAGAAACCUCAGCCUGCAGCAGCCGAUGUCUCCACUACUAUCUCCGACGUUGUUCCUCAUCAGGGUGUUGAGUGGGACGAGCAUGUUCCGCGCAACGUGGAUUGGGAAUCCUGGGAAUCCAUUAUGAGGGAGUUGGGUUUGGACGAUGAUUCUGCCCUGGCCAUCAAAAGUACCAUUUCUCCAACUUCCGUUGAUAAUCAUAUCCAGAGCCUCCCUGAGCUUGGACCCUGCGAUUUGCCUCCGGCGUCCGUUCAUAACGAUUUUAAUCCUUACGAUUUUUAUAAUUCGGGUCAAAACCAAAACCCACAUCUUAAUUUCAAUUAUCUUGAUAAUAAUUUUCAUAAUUUUGGCAACUUCAACGUGGGGUUUGAUUUUAUAGAGGAGCUAAUCCGGGCAGCCGACUGCUUCGACUCGAACCAGUUGCAACUCGCGCAGUUGAUUUUGGCCCGACUCAAUAACCGACUGAGAUCUCCAAACGGAAAGCCGCUGCAAAGAGCCGCGUUCUACUUCAAGGAAGCUCUACAGUCUCUACUCGCCGGAUCAACAAGGACGAUUCCGGUCUCUUCUUGGGACGAAAUCGUUCAGACGAUUAGAGCAUACAGGGCGUACAACGGAAUCUCGCCCAUCCCGAUGUUCACUCACUUCACCACCAAUCAAGCCAUCCUCGACGCCCUCGAGGGAUCACCACCGUUGAUUCACAUCAUAGAUUUCGAUAUCGGACUUGGCGGCCAGUACGCUUCGUUGAUGAGGGAAAUUGCGGAGAAAUCGGAUUGCAGAUUCAGUCCGCCCGUUCUUCGAAUCACGGCGGUCAUACUGGAAGAGUCCAUCGAAACAAGAUUGAUUAAGGAGAAUCUAACUCAAUUCGCUCAGGAGCUGAAAAUCAGGUUCCAGAUGGAAUUCGUGCUUCUACGCACUUUCGAAAUGUUUUCAACCAAGGCAUUCAAGUUUAUGGAGGGAGAAAAAUCGGUAAUUCUGCUUUCUCCGGCGAUUUUCCGGUGUCUUAAUCUGAAUGUGAUGACGUUGGUGAGGGAACUGAGGCAGGUUUCGCCUAGCAUCGUGGUGUUUGUGGACACCGAAGUGUGGAUGGAAUCUGGCACAACGUCGUUCAGGAGGAAUUUCGUUAACGGGCUUGAAUUUUACGCGAUGAUGUUGGAAUCGCUGGAUGCGGCGGUUGGAGGGGGUGAGUGUGCGAGGAAGAUAGAGACGUUUUUGAUGCGACCGAGGAUACUGGCGGCUGUAGAGAUGGCCGGGAGGAGGGCGGCGACGGCGUGGAGGGAGAUCUUUUGUGGGGCGGGAAUGAGGCCGGUGCAGUUGAGUCAGUUUGCUGAUUUUCAAGCAGAGUUUGUGUUACGGAAGGUGCAGGUGAGAGGGUUCCACGUGGCGAAACGGCAAGCUGAGUUGGUGCUUUGCUGGCACGAGAGGGCCCUGGUUGCCACCUCAGCUUGGAAGUGUUAGUGUGGGCUUAGAUAUGAUAGCUAGCUAAUGCCGGAUUGGGAUGUUAUUGUAUGUAUUCCCAAUCACCACUGAUUUGUUUUGCCUUUUCCUUUUUCUUUUUCCUUUUUUUUUUUUUUAAUCCUUUCCUCUGUUUGGGUGUGAUGGAAAUUAAAAGAGAUGGAUAUUCUCCUCUUAUCCAGGAUUAAUAUUAGAUUAUGCCAGUCUCCAAACUAACAACAUGUAUAAUGUAUUAGAAACUGAAAUAUUUGAAUAAAAAAUAUCAUGUUUC